AUGAGUCGAGCUACUCGAGCUCGAAUUCGAGCUCAACUUGAUAAUAAUCGAAUCAAAUUCGAGUUUUAUUCGAAUCGAAUCCGACUAAAAAUUGAAGAUCAGAUAUCCCAUUUUGAUCCUCAAUUGGAUAAUGUAUCUGUUAGUCGCAUGUUUAGCUAUAUUCAUGUGGAUGGAAGGUCGAUCUCAUCAUCUGAUAAAACCAUUGAGUUGGCUAAGCAUAAGGGAACAAUAAAAACAAUACAGAGUGAAGAUGGUGAUGUAAUUGACUGUGUUGACAUCUACAAACAACCUGCUUUUGAUCAUCCUCUCCUCAGGAAUCACACCAUACAGAUGAAACCAAAUUCAUUUAUUGGAGGAAUAGAAGCAGAAAAUUUCGAACCAAAGCUCAUCCAAGAUUGGUAUAGGAAUGAACAGUGCCCUGAAGGAACAAUUCCCAUUGUUAGAGCACAAAUACCCAAACCUACUCGGACUCUGGCAUUUGUUCCUCCCAGGAAAGACCUUGACAAGGUUGAAAUUAAAGCUGAUCCUCGGACAAACCAUGAGUAUGCUCAAGUUUCUGUGGAUGAUGGCAACUAUUUUGGAGUAAGUGCAUGGCUUAACGUGUGGAAUCCAGCAACAUUUGAUACGGAGUUUAGCUUAGCACAAAUUUGGGUUGUGUCAGGGCAUGAAUAUAGUGCAUUAAACACUGUCGAGGCCGGAUGGAUUACCAACUCAGACCAGAAACAAACAAGAUUAUUCAUUUACUGGACCAGCGAUGGCUAUCAAAAGACAGGUUGCUAUAAUCUUGUAUGUCCUGGAUUUGUGCAAACAAACAACACGGUGGUCCUUGGUUCACUUUUAGAACCUGUUUCCACCUAUGGAGGCACUCAAUUUGAUAUAAACAUAUUUAUACACAAGGUAAAACACAUUUUGUUGAAAAUGUUUCAGGACAAGCAAAGUGGAAACUGGUGGUUGAGGAUACAGCAAAUAGAUGUAGGAUACUGGCCAGGCUCGAUCUUCACAACACUAUCUGACAGGGCUGAUAUGUUAAGUUGGGGUGGAGAGAUUGUUAAUUUACAAUCACAAGGCCAUCACACCUCUACUCAAAUGGGAAGUGGCCAUUUUCCCAGUGAAGGCUUUAACAAAGCUAGUUAUAUCCGAAAUCUUAGGCACAUGGAUGAGUCUGGAUCUAUAAAAGAUGCUGAAAAUGUCGUGCCAUAUGUGACAAGGCCUGAAUGCUAUGAUUUACAAAUGGGAGACAUGAAAAAUUUUGGAACCCAUUUCUUUUUUGGUGGCCCUGGAUAUUCUGAUAAAUGCCAGUAG